AUGCGGCCCGCUGCUGUGGCAGAGGGUGCCGGAGGGACUGGGCUUGCAGCAUCUCGCUGUCCGGAUCUGCCGGUGUCGCUGGGCCUUCUGUGGGAUUCGGGAGCCUCUUUCACCUCAGUGGAUGCCAGGGAGUCGGUGAUCCCACUCCACGAGGGCCACACGUACCAUCACUCAGCUUCUCACCACUUCUGCUACACCAACACCCGCGUCCCACAAUGGCACGACAUAUGGACAAGGACACAGAUCCGGGUCAAUAGCAGCCGGAUGAUCCGAGUCACCCAGGUGGACAGCGAGGAGGAGCUGGAGGAGUUCAACGUGUGGAACAUCAUUUUCUCCUUCCUGAAGGAGAAGCUGAACGACACCAGCAUUGAUGUGGAUCUCUACAGCAACAAAACCUGCCUGAAGGUUGAGCUGCUGGAGGCUGGCACGACGUACUGUGUCGUCCUCUUCCGACGCUUUGACCCUAAGCUGUUCCUGCUUUCCUUCCUGGGCCUGUUGUUGUUCUUCUGUGGCGACAUGCUGAGCAGGAGCCAACUCUUCUACUACUCGGCUGGGAUUAGUUUUGGCUUGCUGGCCUCCCUGCUCAUCCUUGUCUACAUGAUGUCCAAGGUCAUGCCCAAGAAAAGUCCUGUUUACUUCCUGCUGGUAGGAGGCUGGUCCUUUUCCCUGUACCUGCUUCAGCUGAUCUUCAAGAACCUACGCGAGAUCUGCAAGUCCUACUGGCAGUACCUCCUAGGCUACCUGCUGCUCGUGGGCAUCGUGAGCUUUGGUGUGUGCUACAGGUAUGGCCCGCUGGAGAACGAGCGCAGCAUCAACCUCCUCUCCUGGGCCCUGCAGCUCUUGGGCCUGUUGCUGAUGUACUCAGGCAUCCAGAUCCAUCCCAUCGCCUUGGCCUUGGUGGUCAUCGCUGUCUGCACCAAGAACUUGGACUACCCCUUACAGUGGGCCUUUGCGGCCUACAGGAGAAUGCAGAGUGCCAGGCUCGGGCCAAGCCCCCGUCGUCUGCUGACGGAGGAGGAGUACCGGCUCCAGGGCGAGGUGGAGACGCACAAGGCCCUUGAGGAGCUUCGAAACCACUGCAGAAGCCCGGAUUUCUCUGCCUGGACUGCAGUCUCCCGCAUCCAGUCUCCCAAGAGGUUUGCUGACUUUGUGGGUGGUGCCUGUCAUGUCACCCCCAAUGAGGUCUCUGUCCAUGAGCGGGAGUACGGCCUGGGUGUCAUCUUCUUUGAGGACCAGCUCUUUGAGGAGGAAGAGGAUGAUGAUGACUCCUUUGACAGGAAUCACAUGAGUUAUUCCCUGAGCCAUGUCCACAUGGAUGCCGAUUGAGGUGCUGGUGAGGGUGACGUGCACGAGAGGAACUUUGGACCUGUCACACCGGUACCUGCGUGCUCAGCAUCUGCCUGCUGCCAGGCCGCUGUGGGGAGGGAACAGGCAAUGGGUGACCUGCUGCUCCUCCUCCUGCUGUUACCAAAGAUGCCAGUGGGCUCCAGCUGGUUGGGCUGUGCCUCUGUCUUGGCUUAAAUCCUGUGUGGAUACCAAAAACCCCAGCACCUCCCUGAUGGAGAUGCAACUCUGUCGGCCCCUCCACGUGCAUGUCACAGAGCUCAGGAGAAGACAGCCUUGAAGUCUGCUUGGUGCCCCAUGUGCUCGCUCCGCUCCCCGCAGCUGCUGUGUUGUGGCAGAGGCUGUGCUCAGCCUCCCGCUCCCUGCACCUCCUGUCUGCCAGGCGGUCCCUGGGCUGAGGAUGAGUGUGGAUGUGCUUCCUCCUCCCUGCCUUGCUGGUGGUUAGGUGCUGGCAGCUCCCUGUCCCCUUGAAGCUGGUGCCCUGGGGAUGGCCCU